AUACACAAGAGGGCAAGGAAGCGGAUGUUGUCGUCUCUGCGAGGGCCCAAACCAGCAAGAUGGCGUCGAGUGGCGGGGAGCUUGGGGGCGUAUUCGACCACCACGUCCAAAAGGCUGUGUGCGACUCGCGGGCCAAGUAUCGGGAGGGGCGACGGCCUCGCGCUGUCAAGGUAUAUACAGUCAAUUUGGAAUCUCGGUACUUAUUAAUACAAGGAGUUCCUGCAGUGGGAGCGAUGAAGGAAUUAGUUGAGCGAUUUGCUCUGUAUGGUGCAAUUGAACAGUAUAAUGCUCUGGACGAAUACCCAGCAGAAGACUUUACAGAAGUUUACCUUAUUAAAUUUCUUAAUUUACAAAGUGCAAGGAUAGCCAAGAGAAAAAUGGAUGAACAAAGUUUCUUUGGUGGAUUGCUUCAUGUGUGCUAUGCUCCAGAAUUUGAGACAGUUGAAGAAACCAGAAAAAAAUUACAAGAGAGGAAUGCUUAUGUAGCAAGAACUACUAAAAAUAAAGAUCAUUACAUGACAAAGAAGCAUAAAGAUACAAAAGAUUUUAGACAGGACUUCUAUUCGAAGACCUCUGGAUUUCCUGCAGCCUCGUUGAACACAUCUACUGGGAACUCAGAUCUUUGUCUUCCUUAUUCCUGUGAGUUGCCUUUGUGCUGUUUCUCCUCCAAAUGUACAUGUUCAUCAGGAGAACAUGUGGACAGAGCAUCAAACUCCUCUCAGGAUGGUAGAAACCAUGAUGAAACACUGGAGCAUUGUAACCACUAUGACUCUCUGCAAAAAAUGCAGAUGAAAACUUUGAAAAAUUCAUUGGCUUUCCCUGGCGCACAGAAGGCUAUUACUCAUUCAGAGGCAGUUGACAGAUUUAUGCCUAGGACAACACAACUGCAGGAGCGGAAAAGAAGACGAGAAGAUGAUUGUAAACAUGGAACUCUUCUUGAAGCAAGCACAAGUAGUAAUGAGGUUAUGAUUGGCCCUCAGUUACCAGACAUUCCUAAAGUAGACAUGCAUGAUGACUCGUUGAAUACAACAGCGAAUUUAAUUCGGAGUAAACUUAAAGAGGUAUUUCAUCUGUGCCGAAGCCUCCAGAGGACAAGCUGGAAGGUGUGCGUGGAAAUCAUCCUUUAAAACAAAGAAGAAGAAUAUAAAUUGUCUGCAGUAAACUAAUAUUUUUAAAGGCCUAUUUAUUUUUUAUUUUUAGGCUGUCAUUUUAAUUCUUAAAGAGAUUUUACUGCUGGUAUUUUUUUUUAAUGCA